GCGAGAGAAGUGUAAUGUAGACUUGAGGGCAGGGUGUGUGUGCUGCAGCCCAGCCCCAUCAUGACACACAGUCAAAGGGGAGGAAUCGAACACAAUCACUCACAUUGUUAUCAGUGAAAAUCACUGAAAUAAACACCCAGGAGACCCACUUGGUUAUAAUUUUUUUAACGAGCAGAAAAUGUCGUUCAUACCCGGCCAGCCUGUCACAGCUGUUGUGCAACGAAUUGAGAUUCAAAAACUACGGGAUGGCGAUAAUUUAAUAUUAGGAUUCAGCAUUGGAGGGGGAAUCGACCAAGAUGCAAGCCAGAAUCCAUUUUCUGAAGACAAGUCAGACAAGGGAAUCUAUGUCACACGUGUGUCUAAAGGUGGACCUGCAGAAGUGGCUGGUCUCAGGAUAGGAGACAAAAUUAUGCAGGUGAAUGGCUGGGACAUGACCAUGGUGACACACGAUCAGGCACGAAAAAGACUCACUAAGAAGAAAGAAGAUGUGGUCAGGCUUCUCAUCACUAGAAAAUCCCUGGAGGAAGUAGUCAGACAGUCCAUGAUGCAACACUAAUGCAGAUCUCAAACACUCAUUGAGCUAAUUGAAUGUCUAAUAAAAAACAAACAGCUUCCCUCAGCCAAAGAGUGAUGCCAAAAAAACAAUUACACUCAGUAUGGACUUGAUCAGUCACCUCUGUUAUAGAUAAUUUUGAUGUAUUGAACUCUAACUGAACCACAGUGUGAAUUAUCACUCUCGGAGGACAAUGGUUUGCAUUCCAUAAUUUGCUACACUAAUUUUCUUUUAGCUACACUUUAUGCCAAAUACUACACUAUCUGUACUAUAUAUACACCUGAUUGUAUCUCGGCGCCUGUAAACUCCAUAUCAUUUCAUUCAUAGAUCCCAAGGGCUACAGUGAAUUGUCACCUCAUUUCUCUUUGCACCUACAUAUACAUUUUUGUAAGCCUGUUAAUUAAUCAGCGAGAAUACAGCUAUACUUUAAUGACCACUAAUUUCUCUUUUUACAUUUUUGUAACUCUUCUUCUUGCGCCUCUUUUUGUUUUUAAUUAAAACAAUAUUAGCGUGGUAUCUUUUGACCAUGGAAAAGAUGAGCGGUUUCAUCUGGAUUUGGCACAAUAGGACACUACAGUUCUUUUUUUCUCUAUUCUUUUGAUUUGAAAGUGUUUUUGAUACUGAUUUUUUUUUUUUUUUUUUUUUUUUUUGGCAUUUUGAUUGUAUGAAGAUAUAUUUUCACUUAAGCGAAUAAAGGAAUCUUCUAGCA